UCAUCCGCGGUAACGCGGCGUGCCUUCGCUUUGUUCCUCACGGUCCGCCAUAGUCGCCUCCACCUCCGCCGCUUUCCGCCGCGCCUACUCUCCAUUGCGCAUGCUCCCAAAGAUUCAUGCGACUCCCCCUACGUCAUGAUUUAAAAUGAUAUGCAGAGCGGAGGAGCGUCAUUUCGGCCGUUGCUUCGUCACUGGCAAGUAAUUUGUUGAUGUGUCCCUGGCGUUAGGUCUUCACCGGUUCUUGCCGUGUCCCAAGCCACUUGUCGAUCGGUCCAACGGUCGAGUUCGGUACAUUUUGAAGAGAGCGCGCCUUAGUCCCGGUAUCGAUCUGAAUAUUACGUGUGGUCGUUCGUGCACGACGUUCUCUCGGGAUAUUCGCCUAACGGUCGCCGUCGGCGCCGGCCUUGCUGUGCUGUUUACGCGCCGUGUAACUUAUUUUAUUCGAUCAUGCUCGCGCUUGCCAAUUAGAGACGUGACAUAAGGUACUUUGUGUGCACCUAACAUUUACUGAGGGGUCCUCUCGCAUAUUUAAUUGAUUCGAGCGAAGAAGAAAUCUAGAAAACAAAAUGGGCUGCUUUGUUAGCAAGGACAAACUCACUAAAGAAGACAUGGAUUUCCUUAAGACCCACACGUCGUACGACGAAACCACCAUCAAAGAGUGGUACAAAGGUUUCAAGCAAGACUGUCCUAACGGGCGAUUGACGCCGGCAAAAUUCGUCGACAUGUACAAGAUGUUCUUCCCUUCGGGGAAUGCGGUGGAAUUCUGCGACCACGUAUUCCGCACAUUCGAUAUGGACAAAAAUGGAUACAUUGACUUCAAGGAAUUCCUGCAGGCGAUUCAUGUUACCUCCAGCGGAACCCCAGAAGAAAAGCUUAAGUGGGCUUUCCGCAUGUACGAUGUGGACGGAAAUGGGGUGAUCGAUAUUCAGGAGAUGACUAAAAUAGUUCAGGCAAUCUAUGACAUGUUGGGCGCUUGUUCAAGUAACAGGCCAGCUGACUCCGCGGAGGAGCGCGCUAAGAACAUUUUUGCGAAGAUGGACGAGAACAACGAUGGGCAGCUCACACAAGAGGAGUUUCUGAAGGGAUGCCUCCAGGAUGAGGAGCUUUCCAAGAUGCUCGCGCCUUAAGCGCGUCAAGUUUCAGUCGUCAGCUCACUUUCACCUAUAUGUUGUGUACACGAUAACCCGACGGCGUCGAUCCUAGCCCCUUAGCUUCUCAACGCCAUUUUAAAACCCAUUCGGCUAUUAUGAAUUGGCUUCGCAACGUUCCUACUUUUACAGAUGAGCGCCGGCAACACUUGAUUGGCGACCUCAAUCUCGUCUCAUUACAUGUAUGAAAGUUUUAAUAAGGCCGGGCCUACGCCGGUGCGCGUUUCGAUGCUUCGACAGAUCCGCGUUUAUGAGUCGGGGCGGCAAUCAAUACGACUUACUUUAUAUGCAAUUUAUUAUUAUUAGUGCCAAUAGGCUAUUACACGUCCAAACCGAAUGUCUUUCUUUCAUGCUUCCGAUUUUUUGAUAAUUUUGUAGGUAUAGAAGUACUUAAUAUAAAUUAUUGAUUAAACAAUUUCCUUAAAUAACAUUUGUCGCUGUCGGAUUGUCUAUUCUAUUGUAAGUGUUGUAUCCGAACCAUCCACGAUUAGGCAGUUAUUCCCUCAAAAUUUUUUGUCUGAUAUACAAGUACGUACGAUUAUAAUGUACUGCACAAAAUAUAUGUCAAUCUUAGUUUAAUUACUAAUAUAGAUAUUAUUAGCUUAGUGUAAGCAGAAUCGAUGAGAUUGCGACGAACCAAGUGUCUUAUAAAUCAAUCUUGAAAAGGCACCUGAAUACCGUGGAUGCAAUUAUAGGCAGAUCGUGUAUAAUACAGUACAGUCUGUGGAGUACCUCACUGGGACAUUUGGUAUUGUUUAUAGAGCGUGAUUGAUGAUGGAUUAUGCAUCCAUUACUUGAUCGCGAUGCACAUAACAGUAAGAUUUGUUUAUCCAUAGACUCGACAUGACAUAAUUAUCACAUCAGAAAUUGUUUGAUUUGUUCAAACAUUUAAUAAUAAGACUGCGCAAAUUAAUAUUUUAAUGGGAAAUAUCAUAUCAUUUACGAUUUUACUUAUUUUCGGGUUAUUUGAUUUUGGGUUUAGAAUAUAAAAACACUUGAUGGUAAUUGAAAAAUGCCCUCACCAAUUCCGUUGGUUUUUAUUAAAAUUUUAACUGAAACGCUUCACAUUUGCGGACGUUUUUGUCGGUCGCGUAUUUUGCUAUUUUGUUUUCCAAUAAUAUUUUCGGCUUAGUGAGGUACUUCACAAUAACGUUUGGUCAACCAGCGAUCUACCUAAUACUAUUAUGGCCCGCAUUCGAUCUCAUACAAAGAUCUGAUCUAUUCUGUAUUAAUGUAAGAAUAACUAGUAAUUUGCAUUACAUGCGUUAUACAUUCAAUCGAUAUUGGUGUUGUACUUCUUAGAUCGACGUAACUUGUAUAAGGUAUACUCUAUAUUCUCAUGUAGGCAUUUCUAUUUAUCAAUUUCGAAGCUGAAUAACUAAGCUUUUAUGUCCUAAGAAGCUACUUCUUUUCCUUUCCUCUUCCUACUGUGCCUUCUAAUCCAUUUGUAAAUAGUUUGUUCCAUUCAUUUCGUCGUCCUAGUUUUAAGUUUUCGUUCUGUAUAAAUUUAGUUUCGUAUUCCAUAAACCAUUCAUUUAUUAAAAGAUUAACAGAACCAAUAAUUUAGUGUGCCCUAGUCCUUACUUGUAUAGUUUAGAAUAUAUUUUUAUUAAUAAAUCUUGAUUUCGUCGAUGGACCUAAACAUUAAAAGAAGUGGUCGAAACAUUUAUAUUUAUUUGGAGUUGUUUUCCGUGCACUAUGGAUUAUAUAUCAGGAAUAUUGAAAUAAAGGAAUAACUAUAGAUAAAUUAAAAAUUCACAAAAUCAAUAUGAUAUCACUGUUCAACACGUUUACAACACAUUUAUACAUAAGCAGAGAUGCUUAAUUAUUACUUUGAUAUUAACGUUUGAGUGCAAUAUUGAUCGCACAAUGAAUUUUGGUAAUUAAGAAUUAUUUAUUACAGAUAUUUAUCAUACUAUAGUGUACUGAAAGCUAAAUUCAACGAUUUUCUAAAUACAUUCCACAUUUGAUACCAUCAGUUAACUUAGAAUAAGCUAAAUCACAUUUAGAAACAUUCUUUUCAUGACAAUUUCAAUUGGAUUUUAUUUUAUUGCAUGCAUUUAUUCAGUUCAUGUUCUAUUAUUCAAAUCUUAAACCAUUCUGUUAUAAUUACCUUUAACGUAGCACAUUUUAAAAUAAAUCGUUAAUUAUAAUGAACAAGACUAAUGUCAGUAUUAAAUAAAAUUAACCAGUAAAACAUGAAUGAACGUAUUUUUGUUAUUGUUCAAUAAAAGGCUCUUUGGUUUUCUUAUUCCCCUUUUAUUGUAAGAACGCUUGGCUGGAAAGACAACGAGUGAUACAAAUCAACCGAAGAAGGGAUCAAUAUAAUCAAUUCGAAUUCUUGUAUAUAGUUAGACAGGGUGUCGUUAAACAUAUCAACAAAAGGAAUUUUCUCAAUAAACCCAACCUGAAACCUUGCGUAUGUUUGACAGGAAUAGAUAAGUUACGUACAACAAGCCCGCGACACAGCAUUGAAAAAAUUUAAUUUAAAUGAAAAUUACAGGUGUAGCUAAGAAAAAGUCCUCUGUUUUUUUGUUAUGAGUAAGCUAAUUUGGAUAAAAAAAUAUUAAGUAUGAAAAUAAAAGCACAAGUUUAACGUAAUUUGAAAAUAAUUUAAUAUUAGCUCAAUAGAUAUACGUGCUAAAUUAAUAGAAAUAUCGUUGUCACUAAAAAUCGCACAAAAUUAAAUAUAAACAUUUAAGGGACGUAUUCGAAUGUGGUAUCAACAUUCAUUUAUCACUUUUGCUUUCAAUGUCACUGUAGUUGUGUAUGUAAUAUACAUAUUAACUACGAACUAAAAUAGCAAAAAUUAAAUUGAUUCAAAUAAAUAAAAAAAAUGUAUCAAUUUCUUAAACCAUUUCAUCUAUUUUUUUUUUAAACCGUGGAAUAAACUAUUAUUUACUAUUAUUUCUAUAUCAUAGUGCCAUCAAUUUAAUCCGUUUAUAACCAAAGAUAUGUUCUCAUAAUUGUUUUUGUCAUAGUUCCAAGUUACGAUAUUUUUGCAUUUUUAUUUGAGCUCCCUUAAGCUGAAGUCAAAUAUUUUAUAUCACUUUUCUAUAUACUGUUAUAAGAAAAUAAUUAUUUUCUGACAGUCUCUGUCUAUCUGUGUUUAAGCACAACUAACGUACAUUCCUCCUUUUCUAUAUUUUUAUAAUAUUCAUGUACGAAUAUAUUUAAAUGCACAUUAUUAAUAUCUAACCAUUUUGAUUUGUAUGUAUUAGUUUAUAAGAAAUUAUAAAUUUCUAUUGUAACAGAAGUUUCAAGCACAAUUCUUUUAUACACAUGUAAUAUUAAUAAUUUAUGUAGUACUUGUCAUAGAAUAGGUUUACUGUAAGGUACUUCAAAAGUCGCAUUCUAUUAUGUUCAGAAAAAUUAUUAACAAGCAAAUCCACAAUAUUGCAUCAUCGAUUGAGACAACAAUCUCAUGUUUGUAACGUCGCAUUUGAAAAAUGUUAAGAAUAUGUUUUCAUCACUUAAUUAUCUGUAAUUUAUUUAUAAAAUAACAUAUUUCACUACAUCGUUUAUCUGUCAACAUUGUAGAGAAUCAUAUUAAUUUAUCAUUGUCACUUAAUGAUUGUGUAUAUUAUCAUGAAAGUUAUUUACCCAUA